AUGCCUGGCGACAGUCUCUAUGACGAUGAAGUCGAUUCUGUGAAUGAGGGCACAGACGACGAUGUUCCAGACAACAACAAUCUGACCGUUUGUUUGUCCAAGAAGGAAUGCCCAUUCUGUGAUAAGACAUACACACGUUUUAUGAAGGCACAGUUACACAUCUACCAGCAACACCAAAAGGAAGUUGAGGCACGGGACAUCCAACUCUAA